AUGAUUAGCAAACAAGAAGUGUUUGGUAAACUGAUAAUAAAAUGUCCUUCAUUUUCGUCCAUCAACGUAAUAAUUUAUUAUACAGCGAAGCUAGUACGAAUUAUUAUUAUUUUUUUUUUUACCAAGUUUAUAUUCUAAUGUUCUAAUAAACGUUGAAGACUAUUCGUGUUUUGUGCGAGGUAAUGACUACGUAAAACCGGUAUAACAAUUGAAUGAUAGGUAGAUAAAUUCAGCAUGGAUUCGAAUUACUUGAAGCAAGCAGCGAUGCAAGUUUCUGCUGGAGGUUCAGCAGGUUUUAUCGAAGUAUGCAUUAUGCAACCCCUGGACUUGGUCAAAACUAGGUUACAAUUGCAGAAAAACACAGGCCCUUCGACGCAGCUUUAUAAUGGUGUAUUUGACUGCUUGAGGAAGAUGUAUGCCAGCGAAGGAUUUUUAUCCUUUUAUAAAGGCAUUAUACCACCUAUCAUGGCUGAAACGCCUAAACGAGCUGUAAAGUUCUUGACCUUCGAACAAUAUAAGCAAUUUUUCAUGUUUGGGUCUGCGAGUCCAACACCUCUGACUUUCUCGUUAGCUGGAAUGGGCGCAGGAAUCACCGAAUCAAUUCUAGUCAACCCCUUCGAAGUGGUAAAAGUUACGCAACAAUCUAAUCGAUCAAAAAUGAGCGAAGUACCCAGUGCCUGGAAAGUGACCAAAGAAAUCAUUAAAAAAGACGGUUUCGGAUUCAGAGGUAUUAAUAAGGGUCUGUUCGCUACCAUUUGUAGAAAUGGAUCUUUCAACUGUAUAUAUUUCGGAUUCUAUCAUUCAGUAAAAGGAAUCAUACCCGAGCAAAAAGAUCCAUUGGUAGAAUUUCUGCGUAGAAUUGGAAUUGGUUUUGUAUCCGGUACGUUGGGCUCUUGUUUCAAUAUACCAUUCGAUGUAGCCAAAAGUCGAAUCCAAGGUCCUCAGCCUGUACCCGGACAAAUAAAAUACAAAAAUACUUUCGCAACUAUUUCGUGCGUUUAUCGCGAGGAAGGUUGGAAAGCUCUUUACAAAGGACUGGUACCCAAAGUGAUGCGGUUAGGCCCCGGAGGUGCUAUUUUAUUAGUCGUCUAUGAACAUGUUUAUGAUCUGUUGAAGGAAAAGUUUCCUUAGGAUAGCUUCUGAAUACUCGUACUUGGACAAAAUAAUUUUGUCGUAUAUAUUGCUCAUUAUUUUUGUUAAUUAUUUGAAUACGAAAAUUGAAACUAUGCUCGAUGCAUUUUUUCAAAUUGGUGCUGUUUCGAACAGUAUCAUUUUCAGGUGUUGAUUAAUUAUUACGGUAUAUUUCAAGGUGUGGAAUUUUAAAUCGUUUUAUUGUAUGUGUACUUAAUACUCAUAUUUUUAAUGGUACUUAAUUCUCAUCCUUUUUGACAAUUAAAUGUUCAUUUUCAUUGUU